CCAGCUAUUUAGAUAGUUGUCUGGUUGUGACCCAGUCCUUCAGAAAAAGGUUAUUGCUAUUGCUAUCACUCUUGCGCACUUACUGUUCCUGUGAUGCCGCCCGCUUUGCUUUGCCAGCGAGAAGAUGUUGAGGCCGGUACUUGAUGUCAGCAGCUUGAACGUUGUUCUCUCUGUGCUAGGCAUCUUUAUUCUUCUCUCCAGGUUUAUAUCCUUCAAAAUCAAACAGCGCUGGUACCUCGGUGAUGCUUUACCUGCGUUCGUCCUCGGGGUUCUUCUCGGCCCUGUCGGUGCGAGAUUCCUUGACGUGAGUCAAUGGGGAGACGGGGCACAAGGCCAGAAGAGUGCAAUCGCAUAUGGCCUUACUCGGCUGGUCAUUGGAAUACAACUCGUCAAGGCCGGGUACGAACUCCCCAAACGGUACCUGCGACAGCGUGGCUUGGAGUUGACCAUCUGUCUCCUGCCGGCCAUGAGUAUCGUGUGGCUGGUGACCUCUGGCUUCAUCAUGCUCAUCAUUCCACGCAUCACCUUUCUUUCCGCAUUGAUUAUCGGCGCCUGCGUCACCUGCACCGACCCCGUUCUUUCGCAGGCCAUCGCCAAGGGCCCCUUUGCAGACAACUAUGUGCGCCGCCCGCUCCGCGAGUUCAUCUCCGCCGAGGCCGGAGGGAACGACGGCUUCGGAUUUCCUUUCCUCCUGCUGGCCGUCUCCUUGCUCCGCUACGCCGCCGCCCCUGCAAAUGCUGUCACCAUGGAGGACUUUGAUCUCGCGCGAGGCACUGCCGACCAGCUCGGCACGUCAGGGGUGGGCAGGUUCGGCGGUGGGGUCAAACAUGCCUUGAAGCAUUGGGCUGUCGAGGGCGUGCUCUACAUGAUUAUCAUGGGGGCUGGGUAUGGCGCUCUCGUCGGGUUUUUGUCUAGGAAAUUCGUCAACAUUGCAUCUAAAAGACGAUGGAUCGAUAAUGAAGGCUUCCUGCUCGUCCCUCUUGCCAUGGGACUAUUUGUGGUCGGAACGUGCGGAUGCAUCGGCUCAGAUGAUACCCUCGCGUGUUUCAUUGCCGGCAACGUCCUGAACUGGGAUGGGAGGUACCACUCCGAGACGCUGAAGCGCCACGACUCCUUCAACCCGGCCAUCGAGGCGCUCCUCAACUUCGGUGCCUUUAUCUUCCUCGGCGCAAUCAUGCCCUGGGGGUUCUUCCAGACCCCCGAUACGACGGGCAUCACAGUCGGCCGACUCAUGGGGUUGGGCGUGUUGAUCCUGUUCUUUCGACGCAUCCCGGCCAUCAUGAUGGCAUACCGGUUUAUUCCUCACGUCUGUCAGGACUGGAAGGAGGCUUUGUUCAUGGGGUACUUUGGGCCGAUUGGCAUCGGCGCAAUUUCCUACGUCGAAUACGCGCGCCGGCUCUUCCCUGAUCCGGGGGAAAGCGAUGUUGAAAUCAACAACCUGACCGGCGCAAUGAUACCAGUUGUCUAUUGGCUCGUCCUCUUCUCCAUCAUCGUCCACGGGGUAUCAGUCCCCAUCCUCAGCCUGCUGUACCGCGUCCUACACGUCCCCCGUAUCUGUGACCAUCCCGUCGAAAUCACCCUGCUGUCGACACAUGAACCGUUGCCGAACAAUAGUACGGCGGUGCCGCAACGGCACUCGGCGAUUGUCAACAAUCAGUUCGCGAGGGGAGAUAGCGAUGAAGAAGACGAAGAGCAGGAGGAGAACCAGCAGCAGCAACAGCAGCAGCAGCAUAGAUUAUCUUUACAUCAAUCUAUACGACAAUCAAUGCACCAGACUAUACGGCAAGUCACACCGCAGCGAUUGAGCCAUCUACAGGUUCUAGACGGCUUGGAAGCUCAUCUCCGCCGCAGCGAAAGCGAGGGUGGUCUGAGUGAGCAGACGCUGAGGGGGGAAAAGGCAGAGGCAGAAGUUGAUACGAGGGAAAUGGUAUAGAUGACGAUGUAUUUCUUAGACAAUGUAUUUGUUAGAUGAUGUAUUUGUUAGAUGAUGUUGAAUAUUGCAUUCCUCAGUCUAUCUUUGUCAUGGAUUCCCGUACUCAUUCAAACAGGGCAGGUCUUUCCGCAAGAAGAGCAGGUCUUCGUCUCUCCCUUGAUCGCAUUCCCGCACGAAGGACAAGAAGGAUGGCCCAUUGUGAUUGCUGUCUUGUGUCAACUGUAGCUAGAUGCUUUCCUGCGUCUGAUUGAAUCU